AUGAAGCUCGUGUCUUCUGCCGGACUCUUAUCUCUUAUCGUCGCGACCCUCUUUUCGUUGGAGAGUGUGAACGCGGCGGUUAACGAAGAAGAUGUCUUGAUUGAGAACAAGGGUAUUACAUCGGGUCAAACCUCGGAGCGGAUUGCCUACCAAUGCACCUUUCGAAACCUUUGGACCAAGAAUCGACAACCCGUGAGGUUUCCGGAAGAGCUGGGACGAUGGGCAGGACCCAUUCUCUGGACUCAUACGUUGCAAUUCCAGCCGUGGGUGCGGGACAAGGCCGUCACUCGAGGAGUGGAAAAGUUGGCAGAGGAUGGCUUUACGGAUGUGCUGGUGCAGGAAAUGGAACAGCAGGGUGGCCAGGUGAAGGAUCAUCAGGAAUACCCAAAGGGUCAAUUCUUUGUUCGAGAGAGGGAUUUCGUUCACAUUCCACCCAUUGAGGCUGACUUUACGUACCCCUACCUUUCCAUGAUGGCGAGCAUUAUGCCCAGUCCUGAUUGGUACACUGGAUUCUACAGCUUUUGGCUCAUUGAUGAUUACACCCGCACUUGGUACGAUCAUCUCAAAAUUCAGGUCAAACCCUGGGAUGCUGGGACCGAUGCCGGUGCCUCGUACGAGUCUCUAGAAAAUGAUUUGGAUCCACCCCUUCCCAUUCAACGAUUCGUCCCUCGCAAUGCCCCGGAAGGAGGAGAAUUGAGAGGACCCGACGGAGAAACUGUCCCCGUGGUGGGCGAAAUUGAAUGCUUUUUGGUCGUUGGUGAAGACGAUAUCAUCAUGCCCGAUUGCGAUUGGUUUGCCAAUCCCUGCUGCAACGAAACGGACACGGUAAAUUGCAAUAACACGCUUCCCAAUGGCGCUGUUCCCAAAUUGUCACCCGAAUACGAAUCGGUCUUGGCCAAUCCUCCCGGCGACAGGCCUUCGGCUGGUGUCAUGAUGCACGCAUCUUGGUUCAUGGUCGCAGGAUUGGCCGUUACGCAGUGGAUUUUGGAUUGA